AUGACGUCAACAAAGCAUUACAAAGAUGGAUUUCACUCGAUGAAGUGGCAGUGGGAAGCUGGGGACAAACUGAAAUUAAAUUGGAAGCAACGUUUGGACGGUUCCAAUGCUGGUAUUAAAUUGUGGAUUUACCGAAACGAGAGCUCUGCCGCUAAUCUUAGCGUGUCGCUUAUCGAUUCUAAGCUACACCGCAGUAAGAAUGUUGUCAUACAGUUUAAUUUUUCAUUAAAUUUCACUGGCUGGCGCGCGGCUUGGGUAGCACUACGCGAAACAAAAUCACUUCCAAAAAGACCUGGGUAUGAUCAAAUCGUAUUCACAGCCCCAGUUCAAGAAAUACCUUCUCGAGUACUUUUCAUGGAUCUACUUUGCUUCGCGGACAACAUAAUAUAUCAAUCCCGUGAUGAAAUAAUUCCACCUAUCAGCGGCGACAUUUACGAUAUAACAUUCACAUGGCAACAGACGUACAGAUGGAGCUUGGUAAACCCACCGGAAGUGAAUGGAACCAAACCAUUAUCAGCGAAGGAAAUGCAACAAUUGAAUGAUAUAUAUUUGAUAGAAAAACGACUCGUAAAUUGGUUUGCAAAAGAGGGUGUCCGAAUAGGAGAGUUUCAAGGAAACGUCUUGAAACGAUGGGAAUCUGUGGUUAUUCUUGGUUUUCAACGUGCAAGACGUUAUCUAAAAGUGCUUAAUAUUACUGUAAGUCAAGAUGAUGUCAUUACAGGAUCUCCACUGUUUCUCAAACGAUCUCAGUUUGGACAAGGUUUGGAAAACGCAACAGGUGGAAACAAGAAAUUAGGAGACGUCUCGUUCCAAGUAUUAUUUCCACUGACAUUAGAGUAUUACUUUUCUAUAAAAGAAAGUACUAUUCGUGAUACUGUCUGGAGAGAACUAGCAAAUAUCAACAGCGUUGUUAGAAGAGAAUUUGCUGUGAAACGAAUUACAAAGCAGGACUCGGUAUACUCAGAAUUCCUACUUUCGGAGUUACGAAAAUUUAAAUCGCCGUUAACGCAUGUUCGUUUUCGACGGAGCUUGUAUAACCUUAAUCAAAGAAAACUGGCCACUAUAAUGUUGUUAUUGGAGUAUAUGACGGAUCAGGGAUGGACACAUGGGAGUGCAAUGGGAUCAUUGGAUCACGGAAUGAACAAAGUUGGGAGCGGAUUUAUGAAUUCGAUGUUUCUUCUAAGAGAACAACUCUCUAAAGCUGGGAAACUGGGAAAAUUUUUAAAGACUAUGAAAUGGUAUAACUUUCUAGGUGAAAUAUAUCAAAACAAUUUUGAAUACAGUGGUACGACGGCUGAUAUGCUACGCACAAUUAUUCUCUAUCGCUUGGAAAUUAUUUUAAUGAGCCCAGGAAGCACCGUUUAUGAACAAAGAGUGAAGUUACGUGACAUGGCUGCCUAUGUUCGCUGGUGCAAUAACGCUUUGUUAACCCAUCCGGCAUUCCUGGCCAUGUUUAAACUCGAUCUAUCCUGCUUUCACCACCUAGGUAUCUACGGAUCCUCUUAUAGCCCCGAAGCACUAACCAUCUCGUCAAUGAUAUGGUAUCUUCUUGAAGAUACCUCAUUUGCCCUCAGUACCGACUCGAAAGUGAACAUCCGUGAAAGGUUAAUAUCAUAUGAAAGAAUGGCGCCGAAAUAUUCUCUACCAAAUUCGAUUUCUGGUCGCUUCCCGGCUUACUUCAAAGCGAUUUUAAUCAAAAUGCUUCCAGCUUAUGCAUUUUUUUCGGUUCGUGCACGAAAUUUAACCAACACUGGAGAGCUGCAGGAAGUUUUACCAGGCAACGACACGGAAAUGAUAAGACUGUUUUUACGGCUAUACGACCCAACAAAUCCCAAAGUGUUAUGUUAUCUACGACAAGCAUUGUUUAUCGCAAAUGAAUACAUGUCGUCUAUAGGUAUGUACAGUAUAGCUCCACAUAUACACUUCCUAAGCAGUGAGCUUCAUAUAUAUAUCUGUACAAGAACUCACGUCCAAAAAAUGAUCGACGCCAAACACGGCGGAAAUUGAUGUCCAGUGCCAGUCCCUUUCUAUUGUUUUUGUCUGCGCGGUUGAUACAAGGCUGUCAGAAAUAUGCUAAGAUUUUGUGUUUUGACUUCGAUUUAAAGAAAAUGUGUUUCGCUUUAUAAACUGAUAACUUGAUUGCAGUUAUUCCGUCAGAAUAACUGUAAUUAGUUGGGGAAAAUGGAUAAAAAACUGCUUACAACCUUCAUGGAUUUUGGAAGUCGAUUUCCGCCGUCUUGGUUUCACUUUUCUCGGAGGUCGAAUGGCUAAACUUCCUUCCUACUCCAAAUAUAUACGGAGCUCACUGGUCCUAAGGUAGCUUCGGAAAUUCGUCUCAGGCCACUUUUUGCGCGGUUUUGGUUCGGACAUUUUAAAACUAACUGAAUACGUAAUUAACGCAUGUGUAUUUAUGCAUGGGUACUUGAAUUUGAUUGGCGGAGGUAUGUUGUCUCUGUAUGGUCCCUAUAUUUAUUAUUGUUACUGUUGCGUUUGUGUUCUAAUGAAGCCGACAUCUACUGUGUGUAUCUUUAUUAAAAACUAUCUAAUUAAAAGCAAAGUAAGAUUCAGCUAAUUCAAAAAAGUUUGUCUUUUGCAAACCACUCUAAAUUAACGUUAAACCUUAAACUAUAAGCGUGCAAAGUACAAUGGGAGCAUUAUUUAUUUAAUCAGUUUAGAAAUCAUAUAUGAACAAUUCGUUCAAAAACAGCUGCAAUGUUCAACUACUAAGCUUGAAACUUGUCCUCCCAUUAACCUUUGCACGCUUAGCGUUUAAGGUUUAAGGUUUAGAGUUUAAGGUUUGCAAAGGACCUUUUUUGAAUUGGCUGUAUAUUAUAAAAAUAAAAUCCAAAUCCUGAAAUGUCUUGCUCUGCUUUUAGCUGGAUACAUUUUAAUAAAGGUACACACAGUAGCUGUCGGGCUCAUUUGAACAGAAACACAACACGUUAUUUACAAUACUACGCUGAAGGACAACUUCAUACAUUUUUAUUACUAUUAUAUUAAAACCAUCAUCAUUAUUAAAACCAUCAUCAUCGUUAUCACCACUAUCGUCAUGACUAUUACUAUUGAUGAUUAACUAAUAUGUCUGUCUUUUUAUAUCCCUAUCUAUUUGCCUAUCUAUUUAUAGGCUCGUUACAAAUACUUCAGGCACUCUACAAAAAAGUAAAGAAAGCGGAAAUACAGCCAGCCAAGCCUCAAACGGGUCAUUGGGUACACAACUUUGCUGCUUUAUCAAUACAUCGCCGUAAACAUUGGGUAGUCACCGUAAAAGGAUUCAGUCGAUACAUUUGGGAUUUUGAGAGUUCGAGCAAUGAGAAUGUAUAUGGCAUAUAUCAAUCCCAUGGUGCAUUGCAGAUAUCAGACAGCGAAGAAAGUUUGAACGCAUACGACAUUCAACACGGUUGGGACUGGACACGAGUACCAGGAACAACAACAAUAAAGUUAAUUUUGCAUAAAAUUGUGAUACCGAACUUUACAGGUAGGUAUUAUCAACCUUCAAAGUUGGUUGGUGGUGUGGUAUUGACCAGUAAAGAUCCACGUUUAGCAAAUGGAGUUUUUGCAAUGAAAUUUCAUCAACCUUUAUAUGGUUCUCGAGACGGUAUAACAACUGGGUAUGGCAGAAAAAGGACUAUUAAUGGCAAACCAGUAAGUAUUGUGCAGUGCACUUCGCGCGGGAGUGCAACCAACCUUUAACUCCCUUAUCCAUGAGGUAAACGAGACAACCGACAACAGCAACGGCAGAAACAUGCGAGCCAAAGCAUACAUUGCUCAACCCUAUUUCCCUCUAAAAGUACUCGUCUUUCUUCACAAACAACCCUUAAGUAGCAACAGUCAGUGACACAGACUUUUAACUGUUGGCGUGGUUUGAACAACUAUGGCGUACUAGACUUGUCAAGAAAAUACAAUUUAUAAUAGUUUUGUUUGUGGAAACACCACGUAAAUGUAUUACUGCAAAGCUUUCGAUCCGUAAGCCCGAUGAAGCACUGAUGAAGAUGAUCCGGGCUUACGGAUCGAAAGCUUUGCAGUAAUAAAUUUAUGUGAUGUUUCCACAAACAAAACUAUUAUAUGUUUUAUCGCCAUGCAAACAUACAAAGAACUUAAAAUACAAUUUAUAGUAAAAUUAUAGUGUCGAUGAUCACGUGCUCAUUGACGUUGCGGUUGUAUUUGCGAAACUCACUGACAAAAUUGGGCGAAAUUGGCAGAAAAAUAAUCGCGAAAAAGUAGAAUCCGUUUUUUCUCUUUCGGCACGAAUUUUGUCCGCUAGCCGAACACGUCCCCGUACGAUACAUUUUGCCUGGUGGAAAGAAAGCUGUACGUAAUACGCAUGCGCGUAAGAGAAGCGCAUUGCAGGGAUUAUUUUAGUAGUACUAUAGCGAUUACAAAAUUAUGGGCAAAUGGGUCGAUAUUUUUUGUGGUACUCUGCAGUGUCAGAAUGAAUACGAAACUGUUCAUAUCUCUAAGGAUGGUUCUGAAAUAGAAUUAAAAUACUGCGUCCUCCAAGACAAGCGCUAAGUCGUCAUAAUAAUAUUCUGUGCACUAAAAUUGGAUAAGUCUCGCUAGCGAUCCCCAUUUACUCGCUAGCUCAAUGGCUAGAGCGGCGGACUGGAAACACGAAGAUGCGACUCUUUCGUCCUACUCUGCAGUGUCAGAGCCACGGGAGAAACGGGGGGGGGGGACAGCUGCCCACGUUGCCCAAACAGUACAGAUUACAAAUACAACAGCGACGAGAACGUGCUCGGUGCUCAUCAACAAUAGCAUAACUCUAAAACAAAGAAAUAACUCUAAAACAAACUAAGGCAACUAUAAUCUGCAUUCCUUUAAUUAAGCAUUCUAGUAUGCCGUAGUUGUUCAAUCUUCUAAUAAAUGACGAUUUACAUCAUGACCACGCCAACUGAGUAUAAACAUAGGUCCGCAGUGGCGGACAUGCAUCUACUGAAUAGUAGCACCGGGAAAUAAAAGGCAUUGAGCAGAUAAAACAUAGAUGUGCACUCUGAUUUUUGGAAUCGAUUUCUGGCAUUUCCAGAGUCAUAGCACUCUGGUCAUAGCACAAACGUCGCAUUGUUGAGUUUUAAAAUUAUAUUUCCGGUUCACUGAUGGAAAUUUAUUAUACGGUGAUAAAACUAAAAGAUAGAAAUUUGAACAUACAAGCUCGAAAAUAAUAUAGACACUCCAUACAGUGUUAUUGAUAAUGAUUCGAACAAGAAUAUUGUAAUGAAGAUACGUCCAACGGGGCCGAAUUAAGUUAUUCGGCGAAAGUUAUGGCUAGUUUAUAUUUUUGUUCAGACAAUUGCGUAUUAAAUUUGAUAAUAUACGAUCUCGCCUGACUUUAAAGGACAUAAAUCGCUAUAAUGUUGAUAAUGCAUGACUAAAACUAUUGUGAGGAGUUAGUUGCUAUUGUUUCACCGAAUCGAAUGGUGGUAUUAUAUGUCUUCAUAUAUAGCAUGCACUGAACUAACCUAGCACUGAACUGAAGAUACGAACAUACAAAGUCGUCGAGAAAGAGUUCAAACAAUUGCGUAAUUUGAUAUAAAUAUACGAUCUCGUUUGACUUUCAAAGGCCAUAAAUUGCUACAAUGUUGAUCAUUACUAAAACUAUUGUGCACUGAACCAAAGAUAUAUUAUGAACAUACAAAGUCGUUAUCCUCUUGCGCAGUGAUACGGCAUUCUUCGUAUUGCACUCCGCUCGUGUUAGCCUAUUGACAAAACCAUUUUAUUGAGUACUCGUAUUAUUGACUAAACCAUUUAUGGACAACAGCGGAACUAACCGUAGAUAACCGACUCAGUUCGCUCGCAAUCCCAUGCUCGCAGAGUCGCAGUGCAUUACAUCGAUGCGUCAUCAAAUGUGCCUUUUCCCGACGUACACACCUACAAACACACGGGCCUCUGGUCCUGACAAUGCUUCUACUGAUUAAAAAUCAGUAGGUGGAAAAAUGUUCAAGUUGUUUGGGAUGUUUUUUGAAUUCACUUACUAUUGCUACUUUAGGGGAUUUCAGGGUUGUUUAAAAGGAAGAUAAGUGCUUUUAAUUAAAUGUUUAGUAAUGUUUUUACUCGAAUACUGACAAAAGGAUAAGACAUUUUGUUUUCUGCCAUCGCCAUUGUUGGUUGCCGAACUAGUACGGGGGCAGCAAGUUGCCUUUUUUUACAAGACCUACAUUUCGAAAGUAGUGCGUUAUUCACAUGCAGGGCAGUCCCCAGGUAAUUUUUCAGAGGGGUGUAAGGUCAUUUCAACCGACUGACGAACGAGCUUGUACCGAACACAUGCUAGCCAUGGAAGCUUGUAAAAUUUCCGAUGGAGGUCAACUAAUUUCAGGGACCGCGGAGCCAUUUUUGGGUUAAGGGGGCUAUAGCGAAAGCCGAAGGCGUGAGUUUGUUAGGGGGGUCCGGGGGACAUGCUCCCCGGGAAAUUGUGAAAUCUGAGACCUCCCAGAUCCCCGGGAAUGCAAUCAAAUUGACUAGUUGCUGUUGCAAAUUUUCUUAAUAGACGACUCUUACCCUAACAUUGCCCGUCAUUUGUUUAUUCCAAUCAGAAAUAGAUUAAAUACUUGGCUAUGUAAGUUAUAAAUAUCUUGAUAACUGAUCUGAAAGAUUUUUGUAUACGUAGUUUAUAAAAAUCACAUAUGUAUGGAAAUUGUUGCCCCCCUGCUCCGCGGUCCCUGAAGUUACGACCGUUGUGCACUAAAUGAAGCCUGUUCUAAAUCGCCAUAUUUGAUAAUUGAGUUUUUGUCGGGAAUAUAUUGUGUUCAGCGGUUCUACCUAUCAAACAUGCUACAUAUACUUCAUUUGAGAUCUUUUGUAUCGCUAUGUGGUUUAACUGUCAAUCUGGGCUUGUUUUAUUAUAAACCGAUUAUAAUGAUUCUCCUGCUGAGUAAAUUUCGAGUGACCAAAAUUUCUGUUUCUUAUAUAACAGGUGAAUAUCAUAUCGAUAGUAGUUUUAUUCGUCAAUAAUAUUUUUGUCUGCCGACUGAAAUAGCAGUCCUGCCGACUGAAGCUUGGGAUAGAAUUUCGGGGGGGGGGUUCUCUCACCCCACACCCCCCGUAGCUCCCCCGAAAACGUUAGCUACCAAAGUUUCCUCCUUUAUGAAAAACGUAAGAAAAGGAAUCUUCCCUAAAUAAUUGACAAACUGUCAUACAAUACAUUUUAGUCUUUAGCGUUAUGCAAUGAACAACAAUGUUCCAAUCAAUGCUGAAAUUUGUCUAACUAUAUUAGCUAGAAGUAACUAAUUACCCCGGCGGCGUAUAGAAAAAUAUUAACGAACAUUCCCGCCCACAAAUUGAAGGCCCAGGAGUAAGUGCCCUUUUUAAAUAUGAAACUGGUUUUUCAUAUCUCUGAUGAUGAUUCUGAAAUGGAAGUGGCAAAUGUCUUAUAUUUUGAAUGUAUGCAUAGUGCAGUGGCAAAUGAGAUUCGUUUGAUUUAAUGUAACGUAAAAAUUGAAACUAGUAUUACACUCAAAUAAGCAUUAUUGAUCAUCUUCCUCCCACAUGAAAACAAUUUGAAGCUGAGCGACAGCGCUCUGAAUGUAGUUUUAGUUUUAAGAUCGGCUCUUCUAAACGAAGCUCAUAUUCUUUGAGCUCACUGUAGUUCUUUAGGCCUCGCGGCAGAUAGUUUUAUAUUGUAGUCUUCCUCAAGUCAUUCACAACACCUAAUAAUUGGCAUGCAGGCCUGAAUAAGUAAUAAAGAUUUCUCAUUUUUGUAGGAAGACGAUGAGCAGAUAACUCAAAAUGAAGACAUUCGUAACCUUACGCGAGUGAGAAAUGACGACGCUGCGUUUGAAAAGAUGAAAUUCAAUUUUACAAAAUCGGUAUUUUUCUACAAUUCCCUAAUAGUUUGUCUCGGCAGUAACAUUAGUACGGCAAAUAGCGAACCGUACCGAACUCAAACUACUUUAUUCCAAGAUAAAUACACCACAAGUAUCACAGUUAUCUAUAUUAAUGGUGAAAUGAAAUUGCUCAGGGAUGACUUCUCUCAAAUACUGUACGAUUCCGCCGCCAUAUUGGAUACGAACGGUAAUGGAUAUUACAUUCCGAAAGGCUCAUCGGCAAACAUCGCCAUCAGUCGGCAAAAAUCGAAGGCACCCAAUGGUAAAACGCCCACCGAAGCUAGAUAUGCAACAGUCUGGCUUGAUCACGGUAUAAACCCUGUUUCAGCAAGUUAUGAAUAUGCGAUACUCGUUGCAACCGAUGUUGCUAGCAUAGAAGCCCUUCGAAAAGCCCAGAUCUCUGACUCGCCAGUUUAUGAAGUACUUCAUAAAAAUUCCGCUGCUCAUGUGGUACGAUUUACAGACAAAACAGCAAGCCCAAGUAAAACGUAUGGUUAUACUUUCUUCAAGAAAAACGUGCGUUUGACCGAAGGUCCUAUCAGACAUGUCAGCGCCGAGUGCAUAGUUAUGGCCCAAAUCGAUAGGGCGAACUUUUCAAAUAUAAAUAUAAGUAUCAGCUCUCCUGAUCUAAACUACAACACCUCAAAAGUGCUCAUAUAUAGCGGAGAUAAUGGUGUUAACGAGUAUUUCUACAUGAGAAGUCGGCCCGUGAAUAUAUCCGUCUAUCUAAGCACACCAGUAGUUCUAUAUAGAGUGCUUGUCAAUGGAAAACCCGUGGGAAAAUCACUCUAUGGUCAUUAUAUAGCCGUGAAACCUGAUGACCCGCAACACCCGGCAUUAGGAGGGAGGGAAAUCAUUUUCAAACGUCUUAUAAAUGGAGAAAGUGUAGAGGCGUACCUUCGAGUCGUGAAAAAUAAUGUUGUACAUUAACUUGAUGGAGUUUUAAGUUGUUAUUUACAAUUGUCUGUUACAUCGACUGUAAAUUUGUCUGAUGUUUAAUUAGCUUGUUUCGAUUGUUAAAAUUAUUGUAAUUUUACCUAGCUAUAAUUAAUUGGGGAAUCUUGUGGCAAAUAGGCAUGUCCAGAUUGUGUUCCGAAAAUCUCAAAAAGUUGCAGGGAAAAAUGCCAAAAAGUUGCCAAAAAUUCGAGAAGUUCCUACCUCAAAACUUCAAGUUUCUACUACUAUUUACCUUAAUCAUAUAGAGGGAAAAAUUACUCAAAUAUGUUUGGCUAAUGAGGAGGGCAUUUUUUCUUAAUUCGGGGUAAAAUUACUUGUACCUGAUUGGCUGAGACGCAAGCGCGGGAAGUUUCUUGUUUUAAUUAAAUAGCAAUAAAUAAAAACAAUGGCUUCUCGCUUUGCCGUCGCGGAUAAUGAUGUUAUUGAAGAAUAAAAACUUCUAGUGAAAACUUAAACACUAGAACGUGUACAAAUUUAUUGGUACUUGGAGUAUUUAAGGUUUCCCGUCCAAUAGCACAUUUUGGACUCGAGUUCUCGCUCGCUGGGCGCUACGUUGUAUUCAAAUAGUUGC